GCAGGAGCAACAUGGCGGCGGCGGAGGGCAGUAGCGGUGGCGCCGACGCGGACCGGGAGUUAGAAGAGCUUCUGGAAAGUGCUCUCGAUGACUUCGAUAAGGCCAAACUCUCCCCAGCACCCCCUCCUACCACUACAGUUCCUGAUGCUCCAGGAUCCCAGAAGAGAUCACCAGGAGACACUGCCAAAGAUGCCCUCUUCGCUUCGCAGGAGAAGUUUUUCCAGGAACUGUUUGACAGCGAGCUGGCCUCACAGGCCACAGCGGAGUUUGAAAAGGCCAUGAAGGAGCUGGCGGAGGAAGAGCCCCACCUGGUGGAGCAGUUCCAGAAGCUCUCGGAGGCCGCAGGGAGAGUGGGCAGUGACACAACCUCCCAACAAGAAUUCACUUCUUGCCUAAAGGAGACACUAAGUGGACUAGCCAAAAAUGCUACCGAUCUUCAGAACUCAGGCAUGUCAGAAGAGGAGCUGACAAAGGCCAUGGAAGGGCUGGGCAUGGAUGACGGAGACGGGGAAGGGGCCAUCCUGCCUAUCAUGCAGAGCAUCAUGCAGAACCUGCUGUCCAAGGACGUGCUGUACCCCUCGCUGAAAGAGAUCACAGAGAAGUACCCUGAAUGGUUGCAGAGUCACCGGGAAUCUCUACCUCCAGAGCAGUUCGAAAAAUAUCAGGAACAGCACAUUAUCAUGGGCAAGAUAUGUGCGCAGUUUGAAGCAGAGACCCCCACAGACAGUGAGGCCACCCAAAAGGCUCAUUUUGAAACUGUGCUGGAUCUCAUGCAACAGCUACAGGAUUUGGGCCAUCCUCCAAAAGAGCUGGCUGGGGAGAUGCCUCCUGGCCUCAACUUUGACCUGGAUGCCCUCAAUCUGUCAGGCCCACCAGGUGCCAAUGGCGAACAGUGUCUGAUCAUGUGAAACACAACGUCUUUUUCUCCCUAAUUCCCAGCCCUGGGGAACAUCUGGAGUCAGCAGAACCACUGGGAGCUGAGACAGGAGCGUCGUCUACAAGAGUGGCCUGCCCACUGCUCUCUGUCAUCCCACCCAAGGUUGUGCCAUACCAGCUGAGGGUUUUCCUCUGUCUUUCUAGGAAUAAGGCCAUUUCAGUGAGCCCUAUCCAUUGUGGUUUCUGCUGCAGGCAGAGGCCCACAGCCUACAAGGUGAUGGAAGGCGGCAUCUCUUUUGGGUCUUCCACCUUCUUCCCACUCCCGAGAUAAUGUUAUAUUCAACCACAGUGAUAUUCACCUUUGCACCCAGGGUCUUCGUGCCUUGUCUCUACUCCCUCUCUUGGACCUAGGGAGCAAGGACAGAGUCCCGGCACUCUGUAUUUCUAGUACUCUUGGUGGGAAUGAAUGGGGGUGGAACUUGGCCUGGAUUGGGACUGGAAAUUGGUCACUAUGCCUUCUUGCCUUUAGACAGACCAUUCUGAAUCUUCUGAAGGAAAGAAAGUGGGACUUUGGCAUCUAAUUACAGUGGGGUUAAAAAAGAAGCUCUCCCGGUGCUGAGCCUGCAGCUCCCUGUUCCAGCCUCAGAACCCAAAUUGCUGCCUGGCUCUCCUACAAUGCCGUGAUCUGGGUGAACCCAACCUUGCCCUUCUUUUGCCCCCUGCCUCUUCUCUUAUUUCUUCUCUUUUUAAGUAUCUUUAUUUUAACCCUCCUCUGAGCCCAAGCUGUGACAUAGAAGGGGCCAUCCUAUUUUCCCUCAUGUAGUCCAUCUACCACCCCUCAGUUGUAAAGAGAAUCAGUGUCAGGUCUAGGAAAUGAAUGACUGUUCUUUCCCAGAUACUUGGGGAUUUUGGGAAACAUCUGAGUCCUUUGAACCCUGUCCCUUGAUUCAAGGAGAUGGCUUGGGAAGGGGCCUGGGGUGCAGCCUGGGUCCUUUUUCCUGAAUAAUAAAUAUUUUGAGUGAGGAGUGUGGCCUGUUUUUCAUCCAGGUCUUUUCUGAUCUUCCUCAGCUUCUAUGAGCUGCAGUGUGAGUGCUGGGUUCACCCCCUCCCCUUGUGGGCAAGGGGAAAACUGACUUUCCUUGAGUGCUUCAAUCUGGGAAGCCUUCAAUUGGUAUUGUAUUUUAAUAUUUCACAUUAUCAUUAAUGUUAGUAAUAUGUUGUUUAACUUUCUAGAGUUGUUUUUAAAUUUUUCUUUGAGCUCAACUUUUCCUUCUCUAGGAGCCAUUGUACCUUGGCUGCCAUAGUAGAUACUCUGGUCAGACCAGCUGGCUGUCCUGGUUCAGCAUUUAGAAAGCAGCUACCCAAGCAAAUUCACACUCAUCAUCAAGUCAUCGAGUCAUACUAAGCUUCUGACAUGGCACUUUCCCCUGGAUUAAGACUUCACCCCACAUGUUCUGUGGUUUUGGCAAGGAAGAUGUUCUUGAGGCCUCAGUCAUUUGAUCUAGCUAUUGUAUCGCAUCAAAGUAUGGAAGAGCCCAGGUCUGAACUGGGACUACUCUACUCUGCAAGAGGGGGGAAAACACAGGCAGAUAUGUGAUGCCAUAAACUGGAUGAUGACAGAGAAGGGGCAAGCAAAAGGGCCCUGUCCUAUGAGCAAGUGCCUACUGAUCUGCCAGUUUUCUUGGACAAGUUCUCACUUCUGCUGGCCUGGCCAGGGCUUAUGCUGACUCUGAGUAGAUGCCCUAGUCCAUACUUUAGUUUCGUUACCAAGCUCCUCCUCUUUAUUUUGAUUGAACAUAAACAAAUUGACUUCAGAUUACUCUCUCCUCCAAAAACACUGAAUUGUUUUAGGACUUGUAGGAGGAUAGAACAGGCAUUCUCAAAUUGUCUGUGUUAAAGGACCAAGUUUUUUGUUUUACAGUUAUCCAAUUUUUUGUAGACCGAUGUAUGUUCCUGUUGCCCAUGACAAGUGUGCAGUUCAUACUGUACACUACCCACCAAACAAGCCAGAUCACCCAAACUGACUGGACUCCAUUCAGCAGGCUAAGUCCACUGAUCAUGUGCUUUGCUAUCACAAUGUCAAAAUGCUCAACACUCAGUUCUAACUCACGGUGUUAUAAACAUGGUAAAAAAAUUGUGCACAGACCAGUACAAGUCUUCAAACCAUGUUUGAGUAGCACUGCUCUCCUGCCUCUUCAGUGUCUCUGUAGCUCCAUCAGCCCAGUGAAUAUACUUCUGUAUUUAGAGUUCUCCCCUGUGGAGAGUUCUCCCCGUUGAACCUUUCUUCAGCAAAAAUAUGUACCUGUAAGGACAGUUUUAGUAUUUUUUUUACACUUCUGCUUGAAAAUAACCAUUACAAAGCUUAGGGUUAAGUUGUGCAUGAAAUACUUAUUCUUUUAAAAUUUGAAGGAAGUCCCCUCCCAAAAUUCUGUGUUAGAAAAUGUGAGGGUUUUUUUUUUUUUAUAUUUGAUAGUUUCAUUAAAUAAAUUCAUACAGAAUUUGUGAUAAUAGGGACAUUUUCUCAUGAUUCUAGGACAUCCUGACAGGGACCCCAUGAGAUGGCUAUAAUAUGCUGCUUAGAUGCUUUUGGGAGCUUGGGAAAAACAGUUCCCAUAGUAAAUGAAGUAAAUGAGAAAUGGUCAAAGGCUUUGAGAAUGUGGACAUGAGAGAAUGGAUCAUACAUUACACUGGAGAUCCCACCACUAGGAAUUGUGUUCCUUUGGAAGACCUGGGGAAUUUUUUUUUUAAAGAUUUAUUUAUUUAUGCAUACAAGAACUGGAGUACAGGUCAGAGGGGUGGGGGUGAGAGGAUUCACCAGAGACAGUGGGAAACAGAACAGGCUGAUUGAAAUACACUGCUGAGGGGAGCAGCGGGCGAUUCAGGAGAGGUCUGCUGUGCCAUGUGGGUAUUUCCCUGGCCUGGGAUCGAACUUGUGCUGCAGUGGCUACGGAUAGCUUCAUAGGUUGCUUUUUUUUUUUUUUUUAAGAUUUAUUUAUUUAUUUAUACGAGCACUGGGUACAGUCAGAAGCGCAGGAGGGCGAGAGAACUCACCAGAGCCAGAGCGGGGAGCAGAACAGGCAGAAGGACUGAAGUACAC